CAGGCAAAGCAGCAAGCUCAAAACGUCAAGUUUUCGAUACGCAAAUACGCCGUCGGUUUAUUUCUCCUCUCUCUCUCUCUCUCUCUCUCUCAUAUCUAGCCUGCAGAGGCGGGCCUCUCUCUCUCUCUCCCUCUCUACCAAACCAACUCCUCGCAAACGACCUCGUCUUCUAUAUAGGCGAAGGCGGAAAGGGGAGAAUUUGUAAUGGCUACUGCUACAUACCCACCACCUCCACCGUAUUACAGAUUGUACAAAGAUUACUUGCAAAACCCUAAGUCCGCUCCUGAGCCUCCUUCUCCUAUUGAAGGGACCUACAUCUGUUUUGGUGGAAAUUACACUACUGAUUAUGUACUUCCAAGCCUGGAAGAGCAAGGAGUGCGUCGGCUCUAUCCCAAGGGACCCAAUGUUGAUUUCAAGAAAGAAUUGAGGUCACUUAAUAGAGAAUUGCAGUUGCACAUUUUGGAGCUUUCUGAUGUUCUUAUUGAGAGGCCGUCACAAUAUGCUCGGAGAGUGGAAGACAUAUCCCUGAUAUUUAAGAAUUUGCAUCACCUUCUCAAUUCAUUGAGACCCCAUCAAGCUCGAGCAACAUUGAUUCAUAUUCUAGAGCUUCAGAUACAACGCCGCAAACAAGCAGUGGAAGAUAUUAAAAGGAGAAGAGAAGAAGCACAGAAACUUCUCAAGGAGGCUCUUGGAACUUUGGAUGGCCAGUAGGGCAUAAAUUGUUGGCCAAGUUUUAAGAGUGGAUUGGCAUUUGCUGGUAAUUGCUAUAGAUGGUUUUGCUAUGCACUUGUGGAGACUUUCAGGACUUGUAGAUUGCAGUUUCAGUUGGCGUCUCAAGUGGGUUCAUACACUGACAGUUUCAUUAUUGCAGUUACAUUUUAUUUAAUAGGAAAAUCUUGAUGUUAGAUCUUGAAGUUUUUUUUUCUGUACUUGUUGUAAAGCAAUCUUUGUGUGGAACCCUAGUGCCAUUAUCAGAUGUUAUUCCUGAUUCCUGUACUGUUAUUUUUUAUUUUUUUAAUAUUUCCUUCCUCUUGUCA